AUGAAACAAAAUAUUUUCUUCUACUUUGUCUAUGCUAUAGUCAUUUCAAUAGCUGUUAAUGCUUUCAAUGAAACAUUAUUGUUAAACGAGGAUUAUACUCUGGAUGAUGAUGAUAAUGAAAAUUUCUAUACGGUAAACGUACUUUUACAAGCUCAUAUCGUAUUGAAUUCAAACAUCAGUCAAAAUGAUACAGGGUUUUCAAUUCGUUUGACAGCUCGCGAUGGAAUCAAAAGUGAGUGGUAUCGUUUAUAUAACAAUGAAGAAUCAAAUUAUUUUGGUCAACGUUGUUAUAAUUUACCUUCAACAAAACAUUAUUUCGACAUUAUAUCAAGUAUUGCAGUUCGCAUCGAUGAACAAGAAUUGACUACUUCAACAGUGCCUUAUUAUAUUUGUAUUCAUGGAACAAAAAGUAAUAAUAAUACUACAAUGGAAAAUAAUAAUUGGAGUGGAUGUGCUUAUAUUCAACCGACCAUAGAAAAUAAAAAUGGUGUUUAUCAAGAAUAUAAAUUACGGGAUGCUAAUGGAAAACUGAUUUAA